AAACUGCUCAUUAUUGUUUUAGGCUAGAAGGUGGGGAAUAAAUUUUGAGAGACGAAAAUGGCAGGUGAUGAAGAUUGGAGGAAACAAGCAGACACCCACAAGAUGAGUCCUGAAGAAGUGAAAGCAGCAGGUAUAGAAGGAUCAAAGAGGCCACCGGGACAUAACCCAGGAGGGGUUUUGCACCAGAGGCGAAAGUUGCCUUUCAGCACAACCACAAUGACAGUUGGUGGUUUCCUCAUUGUAGCUACUAUUGGAUAUAUGGUGCUGUAUGCCAAGAAAAAGCCUGAAGCAAGUGCUCAUGAUGUGGCUAGGGUGGCUACUAAUACUGCUGACCCAAGGGAUACUCAUCCCAGGAAGUAGGAUUUAGACGGUUGUAAAUUGAGUUUGUGUUUUUUAUGAUGCUGGUUGUCUAUUAUGGAUGGAAUAUUUUGUACUCGAAAGAAUAAGAUUGGUUACUACUUUCUUCUAA